GAGUCAUGUGGCUGGAAAUACUCCUCGCCUCAGUGCUGGGCUUUGUCAUCUACUGGUUCGUUUCCAAAGACAAGGAGGAAACUUUGCCACUUGAAGAUGGAUGGUGGGGGCCCGGGGUGAGGCCCACAGCUGGGGAGGAUGAGAGCAUCCGCCCGUUCAAGGUGGAAACGUCAGAAGAAGAGAUCAAUGAUUUACACCAGAGGAUUGAUAAGGUCCGUUUAACCCCACCUUUGGAGGACAGCCGCUUCCACUACGGUUUCAACUCCAACUAUCUGAAGAAAAUCAUCUCCUACUGGCGGAAUGAAUUUGACUGGAGGAAGCAGGUGGAGAGUCUCAACAGAUACCCUCACUUCAAGACUAAGAUUGAAGGCCUGGACAUCCACUUCAUCCAUGUGAAGCCCCCCCAGCUGCCCUCCGGCCAGACCCCAAAGCCCUUGCUGAUGGUGCAUGGCUGGCCUGGCUCCUUCUACGAGUUUUAUAAGAUCAUCCCGUUCCUGACUGACCCCAAGAACCAUGGCCUGAGCGAUGAGCAUGUUUUUGAAGUCAUCUGUCCAUCCAUUCCUGGCUAUGGUUUCUCAGAGGCAUCCUCCAAGAAGGGCUUCAACUCGGUGGCCACUGCCAGGAUCUUUUAUAAGCUGAUGCUGCGGCUGGGCUUCCAGCAAUUCUGUGUUCAAGGCGGAGACUGGGGAGCCCUGAUCUGCACCAACAUGGCCCAGCUGGUGCCCAGGCACGUGAAAGGCCUGCACUUGAACAUGGCAUUCAUUUUAAGAAAUUUCUACACCCUGACCCUUCUCCUGGGAUGGCGCUUUGGGAGGCUUUUUGGCUACACCAAGAGGGAUAUGGAGCUGAUGUGCCCCUUAAAGAAGACCUUCUUCAACCUAGUGAGGGAGAGCGGCUACCUGCACAUCCAGAGCACCAAGCCGGACACCGUAGGCUGUGCUCUGAAUGACUCUCCCGUGGGACUGGCUGCCUAUAUUCUAGAGAAGUUUUCUACCUGGACCAAUCCAGAGUUCCGAGACCUGGAGGAUGGAGGCCUGGAGAGAAAGUUCUCCCUGGACGAUCUGCUGACGGGCGUGAUGCUCUACUGGACGACAGGCACCAUCGCCUCCUCCCAGCGCUUCUACAAAGAGAACAUGAGGCUGGACAAUAGGCAUGAGGGGAUGAAGGUCCACGUGCCCACGGGCUUUGCUGCCUUCCCUUGUGAGUUAAUACACGUCCCAGAAAAGUGGGUGAAGUCCAAAUACCCGAAACUCAUCUCUUAUUCCUACAUGCCCCGUGGGGGCCACUUUGCUGCCUUUGAGGAGCCAGAGCUGCUCGCCCAGGACAUCCACAAGUUCAUGGGGCUGCUGGAGCGGCAGUGACCCCGGCGGGGACCGGCUGUCACCUCGCAGGCAGCCCCUGCCCUGGCAUGGCAGGCUUCCUCCUGACACCCGCCGUUUUCCCCAGAAGCCCCCGGUCUCCCAGCCCAGCUCCCAGUAGAAGUGAGGCUGGCAGGGAGGCCCCCUCCCAGUCCUCUGUUGGUGGAGUUGUCCCCUUCCCCAGGAAUGUGCUUGCUUCCGUCCCCUGCCCGUGCUGGGACCUCAUGCUCACCCCUCCAUACACGCCCCACACACUUUGUUAAGCAACAUGGCUUUGAUGAUAAAUGAUCUUCCUUCUAA